UUUGAAGAACAAUUUUUGGCAAGUCCAGAAGACUUGGAAAAGUUAAGAAAUGAUGGGUCUUUGAUGUUCCAGCAAGUGCCCAUGGUGGAAAUCGAUGGUAUGAAGCUGGCACAGACCAGAGCCAUUCUCAACUACAUUGCCGCCAAAUACAACCUGUAUGGGAAAGACAUAAAGGAGAGAGCCCUGAUUGAUAUGUAUUCAGAAGGUAUGGCAGAUUUGAAUGAAAUGAUCAUGCAUUUGCCACUAUGCCCACCCCAUGAAAAAGAUGCCAAGAUGACCCAGAUCAGAGAGAAAACAACAAAUCGUUACUUCCCAGCCUUUGAAAAGGUGUUGAAGAGCCACGGACAACACUACCUGGUUGGCAACAGGCUCAGCAGGGCUGACAUUCACCUGGUUGAACUUAUCUACUAUAUUGAAGAGAUUGACCCCAGCCUAAUGGCCAACUUCCUGCUGCUGAAGGCCCUGAAAACCAGAAUCAGCAACCUCCCACCUGUGAAGAAGUUUCUGCAGCCCGGCAGUCAGAGGAAGCCUCCUGUAGAUGCGAAAGCAUUAGAAGAAGCCCGGAAGAUU